AUGGAUCAUCAUCAAAUCGACGAUGAGGCAUCCAAGGACCCGGCUGCAGACCACAAAAUUAAGCUCCCUUUCGACGAAAAGGACUUCGAAGGUCACCGGGCUCACAGUGUCUUUAUAGGCGUGCAUAUACCAGUCGAGAGGCGGCAUUCGCACCGUCGCCAUCACCAUCGACACCGCAGCCCUGGUGAACUCGCCCCCGAAUCCGGGAACAAAGAAGAGAGCAGGCCCAGUACGAUUAUGUCCAGAAGAAGAGGAUUGAGUAUCUCAGAAGAUGAUACAUUAACGUGCACACCGCCGUCCCAACGAGUGCAGUUCAUCCUCGGCGAGGAAGCCAACAAUGACAGGCACGAGGUCCAUCCGCUCUUCUCCGAAAUGGAGGAGCUGGUCACCGACGGCAACGAAAUGGAAUGGAAGGAAACCGCCCGAUGGAUAAAAUUCGAGGAGGACGUGGAGGAGGGCGGCAACAGAUGGUCGAAACCGCACGUGGCCACUCUGUCGUUGCAUUCGCUCUUCGAAUUGAGGAGUUUGCUGCUGAACGGGACCGUGAUCUUGGACAUGGAGGCCUCGAGUAUAGAGCAAAUCGCCGAUUUGGUGUUGGAUAAUAUGAUAAACAACAACAGUUUGCCCUUCGAUAAGAAGGGUAAAGUUAAGGAGACUUUGAUGAAGCGGCACAGGCAUCAGCACCAGCACCAGAAGAAACAUCACGGGUUGCCCUUCAUUAGAUCGUUCAACGAAAUGAAGAACCACUCUUCGUCUAAAAAAAAUAGUUGUUUGUUAUGCGUAAGCGCCCCACCGAAGGAAAAAGAAAUUUUGCAAAUGGAUUCCGUAGAACAUAAAAAAAAUGGUUCUUACGUUUCGAUACCAGGCAUCGAGAAAUCCCCGUCGAUGAAGAAGAGCGCCAGCUACGUAUCGAUCAGCAGGAACCACAGCUCCGGCGACCUAUCAGAAGUCCAACACAACUUGGCUUUCAUGAAAAAAAUCCCACCCGGCUCGGAGGCCAGCAACAUCCUGGUCGGCGAAGUCCCCUUUCUGGAGAAGACCCUCUCCGCCUUCAUCCGGCUCGAAACCGCCACCAUCUUGGGCGACUUGACUGAAGUACCAGUGCCAAACCGGUUCCUAUUCAUCCUGCUCGGUCCGCCCACAGCCACUGCAGGUUACCACGAAAUCGGCCGCGCUAUGGCGACGCUAAUGUCCGACGAAGUAUUCCACGAGGUCGCCUACAGAGCGAGCAAUCGCAGCCAUCUACUAGCAGGAGUGGACGAAUUCCUGGACGCCGUGACGGUGCUACCUCCGGGCGAGUGGGAUCCUGCGAUUCGAAUAGAACCUCCAGCCGCCAUUCCCUCGCAGGACGCGCGCAAACGGCCGCCCGAGAAGUUCGUGGAGGAGAUCGACGAGGAGGAGGAAGAGCAGAAGCUGCGCGAGGAGUCCGGCUUGGCCCGGACUGGAGUGCUCUUCGGCGGGUUGCGGAACGACAUUAGGAGAAAACUGCCUUUCUACUGGUCGGACUUCAAAGAGGCGCUGGCCAUGCAAUGCGUGGCUUCUUGGAUAUUUUUGUACUUCGCCUGUCUGUCGCCGAUUAUAACGUUCGGGGGGUUGCUGUCGGAGGCGACCGGCAAGAAUAUGGCGGCGAUGGAAUCGCUGGUGUCCGGUUUCGUGUGCGGCAUCGGCUACGGGUUCUUCUCCGGGCAACCGUUGACUCUUCUGGGAUCCACCGGACCGGUAUUGGUAUUCGAAACGAUUGUGUACGAUUUUUGUUCGACCAUGCAAUGGGAUUACAUGUCGUUUCGAUUUUGGAUAGGCGCUUGGAUCGCCUUCAUCUUGAUGGUAUUAGUGGCUAUCGACGCCAGUGCUUUCGUCUGUUACAUCACCAGAUUCACCGAGGAGAAUUUCGCCACUCUCAUCGCUUUCAUAUUCAUCUAUAAGGCUGUGGAUAAUGUUUUGGCGAUUGGAAAGAAAUAUCCGAUAUACGUGAAAGGUCAAGAAAAUUUAACUGAUUGCCAGUGCGUUUGGAACGGAACCGGUCCUCUUUUGCCAGAAAUUACUAACAAUUCCGCCGUUAACCAAACGGUGUGCUUGCAACUGAACGGAACUCUCUCGGAGGGUUGUUUCAAGCCCGCCUACGCUCCAGACGUUUACCUGAUGUCAAUUCUGCUCGUCCUCGCGACCUUCAUAAUAUCUAUCCACUUGAAAGAUUUCAAAAACGCCCUGUUCUUCCCCUCUAAAGUCCGUCAAUUCAUCAGCGAUUUCGCCGUGAUCAUAGCGAUAUGCUCAACCACACUGCUGGACAUAAUGGUGGGCAUCGACACGCCGAAAUUAGAAGUCCCUCACGAGUUCAAGCCUACAUUACCCGACAGAGGGUGGGUCAUACACCCCUUCAACCACAAUCCCAUCUACACCGCGUUCGUGGCGCUGCCGCCGGCCCUUCUGGGCACCAUCCUCAUCUUCAUGGACCAGCAAAUCACCGCCGUUAUCGUCAAUCGGAAGGAAUUCAAAUUGAAGAAAGGUUGCGGCUACCAUUUGGACCUGUUCGUGCUGUCGAUUCUGAUACUGAUCUGCUCGGCGAUGGGGCUCCCUUGGUUCGUGGCGGCGACGGUGCUGUCGCUGAACCACGUGCACUCGCUGAAGAUGGAGUCGGAGUGCGCCGCCCCCGGGGACAAGCCCCAAUUUCUGGGGGUCAGAGAGCAGAGGGUCACGCACAUUUUGAUAUUCCUGUCCAUCGGACUGUCAGUCUUUAUCACUCCUAUGUUGGGGUACAUCCCGAUGCCGGUGUUGUACGGGGUGUUCCUCUACAUGGGGAUAUCCUCCUUGAAAGGCUUGCAGUUCUUCGAUAGGAUACUCAUCAUGUUUAUGCCGAACAAAUAUCAACCGGACUAUAUGUUUUUGAGACAGGUUCCGAUAAAAAAGGUGCAUAUCUUUACGCUCAUACAACUGGCUUGCCUUAUAUGCCUGUGGAUGAUAAAAUCGUUCAGUCAAACGUCCAUCUUGUUUCCGUUGAUGUUAGUGGUGAUGAUCGGCAUCAGAAAAUCGCUGGAUUGGGUUUUCACCAGGAGAGAACUGAAGAUAUUGGACGACGUUAUGCCGGAGAAUAAGAGACAGCAGCUGGAAGACGAGGAGGCUCAAACAGGAGAAGCUUCCUUGGAAAUCGAAAAGCGAGCGGGAAACUUGAAAAUCCCGCUAGCCAACGGCAACGUGAUGAACAUCCCCCUUUCCGCCAUCAACAUAUCCGAAGAAGUUAACAAAACGGGUAUAUGGAAGCAGGUGAACGACAACCAGGCGCGCGAGAAGCCCAAGAAGAAGAGCCCCAAAGGAAAAAGUCGAUUCAAGAAGAAAAAGCAAUGCAGGAAGGAAGAGAAAGUCAAGGAAGAUUUGUUGUUGGAAAAGAGACUUUCCACGUGCCAAGAGGAAGAUGACGAAGGAGUCGUUAUAAAGGUGACAGAUAGUUCUCUUCACAUUUA